GUUACUUCAGGAAAUAAAGCUUUGCAGUGAAAGGGAUGUCUUCCGGUAUGGUUCCAGUGUGAUGAACGAAAUGUGUGUGAAGAACAUAAAAAUUUCCAGUGAAAUGGAGGUUUACCUGCUGUACGUUUUAUCUGCGUAUGGUUUCCGCAACUUAUGCGGUGAUCCGGAUUGCGCGAAACCUUCCAGCUACUGGCAGAAUUCUGUAAGCAAAGUGGAAGAAUAUUUUCGCAAACUUCGCCAACGUAAACAGUGGUACCAUUAUCUGGAUGUGGAUGAUGAAGUCAUAUUUCAACUGUGGAUGAUUCACAACCAUUUGUACUUCAUCAAGGACCAUGAACUGAUAAAGCCGUUGCCAUUGAGAGAGAUGAUUUUUUGCUUGGCGAUUUUCUUGCAAAUCUGCCGGAGGGAACCGCAUAGUGACAUGUUUGCUACUAUCAUCAACAAACGCAAUAUUAUGCAGUACUUGAGGGUGAUUUCGGCACGGCUUGUGGCAGUUAAGGAGAAAGCGAACAAAAAACAGACGCAAAACCAUAUUAUAAAGCGACUGAUAAAAACGUACCGCAAAGCAAAGCAAAUACAUUCGUGUUUCAAAGUUAUCAAAAGUGCGAAAGUAUGCGAAGAAUUGGAUCCUCGAAAUCGUGCGGACGCUGCCACAGCGAUUGCGUCCGUGAAACGAUUCUCGCAAAUCCUGGGAGAAGCCAUCAAAAACACUACCGAAACUCCGAAUUUUUCGGCCAAACUGCGAGAAAUUCUACCGAAUAUGCUCACUAGUGCUGUGGACUUGAAUUCACGGUAUCGUAACAAGUCAACUCACGGGUUUCCACUCUCCCAGCUGUACGUCCAAGAGGCGGAUCAGUAUUAUUUGUACAGUCAAAUGUUCGGAUAUCUCUAUACCGUCAUCAACUCGUUUUCAAUUCUUUGGAUCUAUAUCCUAAAUGACUGCAUGAUGCAGUUUUACGGAACAAUGAGACGCUGCCGAACGGUUGAGGAUAUGCAAGCUUUUGUACGAUACGCCGGAAGCAGUCAAAUCUUGAGCCUGCACCAGAAAGCUGCUCAGGAUGUCGUAAAACAUCUUCGCAAAUUGCAGAAAAUUUUGAGCUUGAAAACGGGCGGAUCCGUCGCUUCCGAGUAUAUCGAGAAAAUAAAGCUGAUAGAAUCAAUGAAGCAACUGACGGUUCCUAGCUUUGCGGUUCCCAUCCAGAUAGCGGUCUUUGGUGAUGCUCCAAUCGAAGCUGUUUACCGGCUGCUGAACUUCAAGUUCACCGUAGGAUCCAGCAAGGUUCAGUAUGAUCAAAUUUCCCACGAUUGGAAAGAACUCACCAGGUUGACCGCUGAAAAUCCAGAAUAUCAUGGAAUCACGGCACAAUUUAUGGUUCAGUACAAUCUUGAAGAGUCGGAACGGUGUCGCUAUCGGGAAAAGAGCCAAUCGAUUUUUACAUGCUUCGCCAGUAACUCGCAUUUGGAUGAUGAAGUGCUUAGCAAACUGGAGGAAAAGUUGCAUGAGUCCUUGUCCCAAGCGUAUUAUCGAAAUAUUUUUGCCCUAGACUGUAAGGCUCAAGCUAUCAACGAUUCGUUGAAAUCGGCGCUUGUGGGAUCCAAGGAAGGUAAAGAUUCGAAACAGCGGAAUCGAGAAUCUAAACAGCAAGCACGAGAGUUCAAGCAGCGCAAUCAAGCGUUUAAACAUAACCUGGAAGUGAUGCGUAAGAAUGACAAGCAGGAGCUGGUGGUAGUUUUCUUGAAAGUUGUUCACAACAUAAGAAAUGCUUUCGCUGAAUGUCGUUGUGACACGGUGGAGGAAUUCAUGAAAAACGUUGAUAAGAUACCACUGAAGAUUAAACUGGCAAUCGAAUAUUGGCAACUUCAAGCUUUGGAAAUACUGGAAGCUAGUGGAUAUUUUGGUGAUAACUUUGCGCUUCUCUCGAAAUCCGUUCCGAUAAUUUGGGGAAAAUCCUAUCGCAACUACUUGGCGCACGAUUCCCUCUCGUACGAUUUACUGACAGGCUCCUGUUUGCCGAAGGCUCUUGUGAAUGGGUUCGUACUUACCCAGCAUUCGGAUAGGUUAAAUAUUUUCGCGAAAUGCUCGAAGUUUAAUUUGAGUGACUUGAACGAAAUAGAAAUCGAAGCUUGUCACUGGUUAGCGGGUCAGAAAAAUUUACUCAAUGCCACCCUGGAACGCAAUCAUUCCUGCUUCGCAGAAUGCUUGAAGGAUGGAGCCGAUUUCCACGGACGAUACUUACGGUCACUCGGGUUUUGCGAUCAGCUGACCUAUUAUUCCAUUCCAGAAAUAGCUGCUCAUGCGGGAUCUAGUGCGAAUGAGUUCAAACCGGUUCUACUGGAGAAAAAUGACUCUCAGAAAAUUGUUGAUUUAUUCUCAUACAACAAGCUGACAACUGAGCUUAAUAUCCGUAGAUUCGACAAAUCGUUUCCCGUUCGCAAAGCAAUAACGGAAUUCAAAAAGCGUCAGCCUCAGCUGGUGACUCCGUGUAUCGGGGUGUUACUGGCACAUUUACAGGAGACUGGGCACAUAGACUUGAUGGUUGAUUUGCUUCAGGAAUAUACCGGACCCGUUGCUGAGCUGCUACUUCUCAUCUGUACGGAAUGCGGUCGUUCCAGUGAAAUGUACAUGGAAACAAUCUCCAGUUUCGACGGUCCGUUUAAUUUCAUCCUCAUCGAACUGAGCGACAGUGAUUUGGAUCAAUUAUUUUCCGCAGCUAAGCCGGUUUCAAAAGAUUUGCUAACCAACGUCGUAGGCGUGAAUGAUAAUCGAACGUUUGAAUAUAUCAUGCGAAAAUGCUACAACACCGAUCGUUCCACGGUUCUUGAAGCAGAUUUAUCAGUUGCUUUGAAAAAUACCUGUUCCUAUGGUCGGUUGAAAAUGGUGCGUACCUUUCUAGACAUGGGAGUAGGUCGGAAUAAUCCAGGUUUACUAUCUGAGGCGCUCAGUUUAGCACUGCAGGAACAUCGCGUACAGAUUGCCCAGCUUUUGAUCGAUUGCGGAGCGAAUCCUUGGGGAGACGAAAUGUUGCCAGUUUGUAUAGGCAUUGCUGAUCAAAACUUUAGAUUGAUUCGGAAGGUGCUUAACAAAUCCAUUCCUGACAACUUUCAUAAACAAGUUGCCCGAUUGAGUGCAGAAUUUGGUUCGGAACGGUUUAUGCGGUUUUCAAUGACAACUGGGAUAGAUAUUUGGCAAUGCGGUGGUGUUCUGAGUGCUGCAUUGAAGAACAAACGAACGGAAAUGUUCGAUCUUUUGCGGGAAUUCGUCUUUGAACCAGUUGAGAGAUGCUGCGAGCCCGGAACGCUGCACACGUGGAUUAAACUCGUGAAGGAUUUGAAAAUUUUAGCCUAUUUAUUAACUGAUCCCUACCUCAUUGUCGGCUGUGUCAGCCGAAACCUGUCUGGCACUGGUGAAUUACUGGAUCAGAUUUCUAGACUCCUGGCGCUGGAUGAUACCUCUUUUGCUAAGAAUAUUUUACUCGCUGACAAUUCCGGAAGUGUAGAACUUGAUUUUCAAAAUCUUUCAUUAAACCAAGAGCUGGCAGUUAUUAUCAUCCUGAAAUGUUCGUCGAUGCAAAAAAUUUUCGUCAAUAUUCCUCCGAAUUUACUGCAAAGUAAAAGGCAGUUCAUUACCACAGAUGUGUCCAUAGAAAUUGAAAUUUAUUCUGAACAAUCAGUACAGGAAUUCCUGGCAGAUACUUCUUUGUUUUCUCAUGAUCUCAACGACUCUCGUUUGAUAGAGGAAUUCCAUAGAAUCACCAGAAGCUUCCUGAUGCAAUCGCAACUCCCGCCGGAUGCCAUAGUGGCAGUUUUCAUUCAAACGCAACACAACCAUUUUCAGUACCUACAAACUGGCUCCAACAGCUGCAUCUUCGAGCGACAUCCUGCACCAAACCUCAACUUGGGUGUACUUCUCAACUUCCCGCACCACUCCAGCGCCCUAAUCGUACUUCCCUCGAGCUGCCCGGAAAGUAUCGUCGAAAAGCUGCUGCUUCUCGGUGCAGACCCACUCUGUUUAGACGACCAAGGUCAAACUGCUUUUUUCCAUGGAUUCAACUUCCCCCUCUCCCAUUACAAGUUACUGUAUCGUCACUGUCAGGAAAAAAACCGAACGCAUUUUCCCGACGGGACUCACAUCUUCAACCAUCGCUCGAAGAAGGGCUACAGUGCCCUGCAGCUGACCGUGGGAUCCAGUAACUACGAACUAACCGAAUUCUUGCUUCAAAAUGGAGCGGAUCCAACGAUGGCUAACUACCAAGCGCCAGCUGGAGCUUUGGGUUACGCCAUCAUGAACCGCAGCGUUCGAAUCACCCGUCUUCUGCUGGACCAUAAGCCCGAACUAAUCAACAUGCCCGCAUCGGAGCAUGGUUCCACGGCAUUGGAAACGGCAGUUCAGAUGAACCAUGAUCAGCUGGUGCGCUUGUUACUCGAGCGUGACGCCAACCCUAGCAUUGCCGAUCGGGACGGUCAAACGGCUGUGGCAGUUGCCGUUGAGGUGGGCGCUACUGAUUUACUAGAACUUAUGCUGAUGGUCGUAGCUGGAGAGCGAACCGGAUCCUGAACAACGGAUCGAAUGACAAACCGCCUUUCUCGUGGACGGUGGCCGAUGACAACUGCAAAUGAUAUUCAUGUAAAAUUGCAUGUGGAAAUAAAAAACUCGCUGG